AUGCGCAACGACAAAGAAAUUGCCAUUGUUGGGGCUGGAAUCAGCGGCUUGACUGCAUGCAAACAUAUAAUGGAUAAAGGUUUCCGGCCGGUGGUUUUUGAGUCCUGGUGCUCCAUUGGUGGUGUAUGGGCUCACCAGACCAUUGAAUCCACCAAACUUCAAACCCCAAAAACUUAUUAUCAGUUUUCAGAUUGGCCAUGGCCAUCUUCUGUCACAGAUGUCUUUCCUGAUCAUAAUCAAGUUUCUGAGUACAUUAAAUCCUAUGCUAUACACUUUGAUCUCUUGCCAAGAAUCAAGCUCAAUCAUAAGGUGUUGGCUAUUGAUUACUCUUUACCAUUAGAUGAUGAUGAUGAUGAGAUGUACGGUAAUUGGGAUGAGUGGGGUGGCAAUGGAGGGCCUUUCUCUGACCUUGAUGGGAAAUGGAAAUUGCUUGUGCAAGACAAUCUCUAUCCAUCAGAACCACCAAAGGCUUAUGAAGUUGAUUUCGUGAUAUUAUGCAAUGGAAACUAUAGCAACUUUCCUAAUGUGCCCCAAUUCCCAACGGGCGAAGGGCCAGAAAUAUUUGAUGGUAUGGCUCUACACUCCAUGGAAUAUGCAUCAAUGAGCACAUCCCAUGCCGCCGAUUUCAUCAAAGACAAACGGGUCACAAUUGUCGGAUUUCAAAAGUCAGCAAUCGACAUUGCAGUUGAAGUUGCUAAAACAAAUGGCGCUAAGCACCCAUGUACAGUUGUGUACAAGAGGGCGCACUGGACGAUCCCAGAACAUCUGAACGAACUUCACUUUAGAGUACUAAACCGGUUCUCGGAACUCAUGAUUCAUAAGCCUUGUGAGGGCUUCUUCCUUUGGCUUUUGGUCAUUCUUCUGUAUCCUUUGUUAUGGAUGUUCUCGACUUUGACAGAAACUUAUCUGAAAUGGAUAUAUCCAUUGAAGAAACACAAUAUGAUUCCAAAACACAGCUUCAUAACACAACUCGCUUCGUGUAUGUUGCCUGUAUUACCCUCUACCUUUUACAAAAGAGUUGAAGGAAGCAUACUACUGAAAAAAUCUCAAAACUUUCACUUCUCUAAAAGCGGUAUCGUUCUUGACCAAGAAUUGACACCAUUAGCAACAGAUAUCGUCAUCUUUGCAACUGGUUUUAGACCAGAUGACAAUUUUGCCAACAUUUUCAAAUCGCAGUACUUCCAAAGCUGUAUAUUAGGAUCCUCGGCUCCCUUCUACAGGGAAUGCAUACAUCCUCGGAUCCCACAAGUAGCAAUACUCGGGUAUUCAGAGAGUCCAUCAAACUUAUAUACGACAGAGAUCAGGAGCAAAUGGUUGGCACAUUUUAUGGCUGGAAACAUGAAGCUUCCCACCAUUGAAGCCAUGGAAGAAGAUACCGAAAAUUGGGAAAAUUUCAUGAGGAAUUAUGCUUUCAAAACCUACAAGAGAGCUUGUAUUACUUUCUUGCUUCAAAUCCAUUAUAAUGAUUUGUUGUGCAAAGACAUGGGUUGCAACCCAAGGAGGAAGUCAUGGUUUAUACCAGAGUUGUUUGCACCAUAUGCCCCGACCGAUUAUGCUAACCUUUGAUUACUCUCGAUCUAGCUUAAUUAGAACUACCCAUCAAUUCUUGGUACAUGGUGGUCGAAAUGGGUAGGCUAUCUUUGAUAACAAAUAAGUGGGAAUUAGUUCAGAUUGCUUGUUUAGAUCUACCUAGGCCGAACUGUUUAUAAUUCGAUAUUGUGUGUUUUUGGAAGGUCGUUUAUAGGGACCUUUUAAAGCUAGCCACCUUAUAAUGACUUUCAAAAUCAAUAGCGCGCAAGUGCCAAAAUACCAAAUGUUCUUUGCUUAAAAAGGACACCAUAUAACUGUAAAAGUUUCACACCAUGUCCUCUCAAUUAAAA